CGGCAUCUACUUGUCUUCACAAUACUUAUAACAAGCACAUCUUUUUAAAACCUUUCUCACGUCGAUCAAGAAAGCGAGAAAGAAACGAAGACGGGAAGUUUGCGACUGUGCGACCCUGCUCACCUCAAUCAUGCGUCUGGGGUUCGGUACCAAGGAGCACUCGCCCAACGCUUCUCUGGACCAUGAAAAGCACGCGCAUGGCGAUGAAUCUGUCGCGCGCGACGAAGAUCUCCUCGUGGCCUGUCCACCACACACGACAGACCGUAAAUUGAUGAGCAAGAUCGACUUCCAUGUCAUCCCCUUCUUGUGCAUUCUUUAUUUACUGGCAUUCUUGGACAGGAUAAACAUAUCGAAUGCGGAUGUCUAUGGAUUGUCCGAUGAAUUGAAGCUGCAGGGUGAUCAAUUCAAUGUGGCAUUGCUUAUAUUCUUCGUGCCAUACAUCCUUUUCGAGAUUCCGUCCAACAUACUGCUUAAGAAAUUCAAACCGAAUGUCUGGCUAUCGAUCAAUAUGUUCCUGUUCGGGUUUACGACCAUCAUGCAGGGCAUAGUAACGAGUUACAGCGGACUCCUAGCGACUCGCUUCUUCCUCGGAGUCUUCGAGACCGGCAUGUUCCCAGGCUGCUUCUAUCUCAUUGGCAUGUGGUAUCGACGCAAGGAGGCACAGAAACGCUAUUCUUUCUUUUUUAGCUCGACAACGCUGGCAGGUGCUUUUGGGGGUCUGAUUGCUGCUGGUAUCGGCCGAAUAAACGGUGCAGCUGGAUACGCAGCGUGGAGAUGGAUCUUUAUCAUCGAAGGUCUCAUCACCGUCGCCGUGGCAUUGAUAUUCUUCUUCGUAUUGCCCACAUUCCCUGAACAAGCAAAAUGGCUCAAAGAGGACGAGAGAGCUUACGUCGCAGCUCGACUUCGCCAGGACCAAGGCAAGUCCGGCGUUGAGCGCGCAAUCCGUGGGAAAGAUGUCGUCCAGGUAUUCAAGGACUACAAAGUCAUUGUGGCUGGCUUCAUGUACUUCGGCCUGAUUGUUCCAGCAUAUUCAUAUGCCUAUUUCGCCCCGGGAAUUAUCAAGACAUACGGAUACAGUCCGAUCCAAACACAGUUCUAUUCUAUUCCACCAUGGGCUGCGGCCUUCGGCUGGAGCAUGUUUUUGGCGACGAUGUCCGACUGGCGAAAACACCGGUUCGCAUUCACUAUCAUCAGUAUCUGCAUCAGCAUCACGGGAUUUGCCAUUCUGAUCAGUGUGCAUAACAACACCAGUCUGCAAUAUGCUGCUCUAUUUCUGGUGACAUCAGGUACCUACGGCGCAAUGCCCAUUAUAGUCUGCUGGUUCAACAUGAAUUUGGGAGGUCACCACCGUCGAGCAGUUGGAAGUGCUUGGCAGGUCGGAUUCGGAAACAUCGGCGGCAUCAUCGCUGUGUUCGCUUUUCGAAAACCCGACGCGCCCAAAUUCGUCCCGGGCUACUCGAUCUGUAUCGCCUUUGCUAUCUUGAGCAUAUUGGCAUGCAUGAUUUAUGGCUUUGCUUGCUGGAGAGAGAACCGGCAGAAAGAUCGAUCAGUGGUGGAUGUUGGUUUAACGGAGUACGAGAAGAUCGAACUUGGUGAUAAAGGACCUGACUACCGCUACCAGCUGUAA